GGCUGGCGAAGCUGUCAUCGACGAGUCUCGCGAGCGGAGUGCAUGGUGUCCGCGUCGAGGCACGGCGGGCGGGAUCCUCGCGCGCCCGGCGAGAUGAGACGCGGCCGGGCGUGAGCCUCCCAUCGCCGAGAGCCGGAGCUGCUGCGACUGGCGCGGCGAGCGCUCGACGCCGACGCUCAUCAUGGACGGACUGGCUGUUGCUUGCGCACUCGUCGCCGCCGCGCUCUACUGCAACACCUUGUUCGCCGGCUUCGUCUACGACGACAGGCGAGCGAUACUGACGAACGGCGACCUGAAGCCGACGGCGCCGUGGACGAGGCUGCUGGAGAACGACUUCUGGGGCACGCCGCUGAGGGAGCCGGGCUCGCACCAGAGCUAUCGGCCGCUGUGCGUGGCGACCUACCGCUUGAACUACCUGCUCGGCGGCCUCGAGCCGCUCGGCUACCACCUGGUGAACGUGCUGCUGCACGCGAGCUGCACGGCGCUCGUCGUGAGGAUCGCGCGCAAGGUGCUGCCGGGCGAGCGACUGGCGCACGCGAUCGCCGGGCUGCUGUUCGCCGUGCACCCGAUCCACAGCGAGGCGGUGGCCGGCAUCGUGGGCCGCGCCGACCUGCUGGCGUGCCUGCUCGCGGAGGGCGCCUUCCUGUCGUACGUGGCGCACCGCGAGCACGCCGGGCGCGGGCUCCACCUGGCGCUCAGCGUGGCGCUCUCGCUGCUGGCCACGCUGGCCAAGGAGACGGGCAUCUCGGCGCUGGCGCUCUGCCUGCUGUGGGACUUCAGCCGCAGCGAGCUGGGCCUGGGGCGCGCGUCCUCCUCCACCGUGCUGGCCGGCAGCCUGGCCAUGCUCACGCUCGGCCGGCUGCGGGUCGGCGCCGGCCGGCCGCCCGAGUUCGCCAGCGCCGACAACCCCGUGGCGCGCCACCCGUCGCGGCUCGCGCGCGGCCUCACCUUCCUGUACCUGCCCGCGGCGAGCCUGGGCAUGCUGCUCUGCCCGUGCACGCUGAGCUUCGACUGGUCGAUGAGCGCCGUGCCGCCGCUGGCCUCCCUCGGCGACCCGCGCAACCUGCAGUCGCUGCUGCUCUACGCCGGCCUGGCCGGGGCGCUCGCCUGGGCGCUGCGGGCGCUGCGCCGCGAGCGCCAGCCGCCGGACCCGCCGGCGGCCUGCUACAGCCUGCCGCGCUGCCCGGUGUGCGCGGGCCGGCGCACGGCCGGCUGCCACACCGACAACUGCCGCUACGCCAACAACAACAACGGGCCCGUGGCCGAGUGCCACUGCCCGAAGAAGAAGGCCGCGGCGCCGAGGGGCCUGCCCGUGCCCUCCAGUCUGCUCACCAUCCUCGGCUUCCUCGUGCUGCCCUUCCUGCCCGCCAGCAACCUCUUCUUCUACGUCGGCUUCGUCAUCGCCGAGCGGAUUAUGUAUCUGCCGAGCAUCGGUGCCUGCCUCGGCGUCGCCGCUGCCAUUUCCGGCUCGUACAAGUUGGCCAGGAGGAAGGCCGCCACCAAGACUGCCAGGGCCAUCCUCCUGCUCACCGGCUUCUUGCUCUGCUGCAUGGCCGCCAAGACCAUGAGUCGGAACGUCGACUGGUACAACGAGGAGAACCUCUACCGGUCGGCGCUCAGCAUCAAUCCACCGAAAGCCUACGGCAAUUUGGGGAGUGUGUUGAGUGCUCAGGGUAGGACCGACGAAGCGGAGCUGGCUUUCAUCGAGGCGCUUAGGCAUCGACCGAACAUGGCCGACGUUCACUACAAUUUAGGAAUUCUGCAACAAGGCAGGAAGAAUUACGAGGAGGCGAUUUUGAGCUAUCAACGGGCUAUACAUUUUAGGCCUUCACUCGCACAGGCGUACGUGAAUCUGGGCGCGACAUUGGUAUCAGUGGGUCGCGGCAGCGAGGCUGUUGCAGUACUGAAAGCCGGGGCGUCGAUCGAUGGCUCGGCAUUGAAGGAUCGCAAAGCACACGAGACCGCGCGAGUUCAAGCUCUCGUGCAACUUGGCUCUCUUUACGCCGAGCAAGGCAGACCUCACAAAGCUUUGGCUUCCUAUCGGCAGGCACUGGAGAUGCUUCCCGAAAAUUAUCCACCACAGAGCGUGUACAAUUUGCUGGGCGAGACGCUGUCGCAGCUACAUCGGUACGGCGAGGCGGAAAAGUGGUUCCAGGCGAGUCUUGCCAGCCAGCCGGAUCACGUGCCAGCGCACAUUACUUACGGCAAGCUUCUCGCUCGUAACUCGAGUCGAAUCACCGAGGCGGAAAAGUGGUUUCUGCGUGCUCGCAGACUUGCGCCUCAGGAUCCUAGCGUUCAUCAUCAUUAUGGUCUGUUCCUGAGCGCGCAAGGCCGCAUGAUGGACGCAGCCUCGGCGCACCUCGAGGCGGCGACGCUGUCGCAUCGCGACUACGAGCUGGCGGUAGCCGCGGCGUCGGCGCUGCGCCGCGCCGGCCGCUGCGUCGAGGCGGAGUUCUGGUAUCGCCACGCGCUGGGACUGAGGCCGUACGAGGCGCGCAGUCACGCCAAUCUCGGCGCGAUACUCCACCUGAACGGCAAGUACCGGCAGGCGGCCGCUGCCUACCGCGAGGCGCUGAGGCUGCAGCCCGGCGACGCCACGACCAUCACCAAUCUGCACAAGCUCGCCGCGCUGCUCGCUUAACGACCGCAUUCCGCUGGCUACGCGACCGGGGCGCACGGCGACCACGGCAGCUCAUCGCUGGACCUCUCGACGACCUCACCACCUCUUUUUUCAUAUUUUGAUAUAACGUACCUCGUACCUUUCAUUAAUCUCUCGGUAGAUCUUUGUGCGCAAACGCUAUUUCUAGCCUCUUUCUCCGAUUGCGAGGCUCGCCUUUCGCCGCCGCACUUCCUUUUCUUUCCACUCGGCUGGAGUGUCGACGCCGAUUCCAAUUCAUCCCAUCCCCUGCAAUAUCCAUUGCCAUCCAGACUUUUCUUUUCCUGCUUUCUUUUCAUUGCCGAUCAUCUAUGCUACGACGAGCAUCCGACUUUACGAUAUAUAUUUACCAUUUUCUUUUCCCCAAACUUUCAAACUAUACGGCUUUGUCCUUUAUUCUCUUUCAUAAAUAAUAAACCUUUCAUCGCGGACAUCGAUAGUAACUUCAACUGACGCGUUGCGCGCCACGCUCAUUUCGUCUUUCUUUCGUGUCGUAAUAUCUAAUCGGAAUGUGAUUACUUGUAAGGAGGACUUGUUACAAUUUCGCACUUUUCAAUUUAUCUAUUUAUUCUCUCCGUACGAAAAUUGUAACAACUAAAUAUAUGGCUUGUGCAAUCAUUCGGUAAGUUUCUAUGUAACAAGUCAAGCGAAUGACGAUAUUCUAUCAUUUAUAUAUAUAUAGAUAUAUAUAUAUAUAUAUCUAACACAUAUGUUGUCUUCCGAUAAAAGCUUGCAUUUUUAUCUUCGUAGGAAUAUGUUAAAAUGUGGUACGAUGCGUUAUAUGAAUACUCAAGCAGUCUGUUGAAUUUUUACGAAUAUUUAUGUACAAUCACUUUAUGUAUUUUAUUACACUUGACAUUUUGUAUCGAUAAUCUAAUUUUUACAAGUUUCUAGUUGGUUGCAAAACAAUCAUUUGUUAAUUGUCACACUGGUUAAUAAUCGAUGCUUAGGUUUCUUCUUGUUGCCAAAACAAACGAUGUUAUUUAUUGGGUAAGAACUUUUUGCGAUUCGAUAUUUUAGAUCAGUAAGGCAUAAUUGAUGAACGUUCAGAUUGUACAAUAAACAAAAGAAGAAAAAUAGUACGUAAUUUUAAGUAGCACCUAAAAAUUUGUUAUAUAUUUACAACAUAAGUAUCGUGUAAGAAUUUCGACUAUCAUUCAUUGAUAUUUGCGAAUAAUGCCAAUGAAAAAAACAAUGCUUCUUUUUUAAAAUAAAUAAAUGAUCAAGAGUUGAAUCCGACGAUGAUAAUUAACUCGAAGUGAGAUUGCGAUAUGAUAAACGAAAAAAAAACAUAACUUUACUGGCUUGCUACCAAAAGGAUCAAUUUUGUACAUAUACAUAAGCGGCAAGAAAGCCGACUAAUCAUAUUUUUUUCGCGAUACUAAACAAUUUUUUAUAUAACUGAAUAUACUUAGUCACAGAUAGCGCAAAUAUGACAAAAAAAGGAAAAAAAAAACAAUAAAAAAUACAACACACGCACACACACGCGCGCGCGCGCGCACGCGUAAUGAAACUAUUUAUCAACGAUUCUUCGACCGACGAAACGAGUGAAAAUGUGUAAUUGUAUUUUAAGGGUAUGAACAUUCGCUGCGACUCAUGCUGAAGGAUAAAAAAUAUUUCUAUUUUAGCAUACCGCUACUGUUUCUGUGUCUGAAUCCUGUCGUUCUUCCUUUCGAAAUUUGUACUGGAGACAUGUACAUAUAAAUAAGCGAAUAAGAAAGAAAAUGAAAAUCUCAUAAUUGAAACAUGUUCACCAUCAAUGCGAAAAGACUUAUUGAAGAUUGUAGAAAGAGGGUGAGAGGUGCUGACAAUAAAAAAUGAGUCCUUAA